UCCCCGUUUGAUGACAGCUGUGCGCUGUGGCUGUUGCUAAAGGGAGGAGAAAAAUCUCACGACGGAGGGCUUUUUAUCUCUUUCAUUCGCAGCUUGGACAUUCGGAGGACUACACUGUUAAGCCGAGCCGUUCCCGUCCUGACUGAAUUUAAUAAUUCACACCCAGCCGUCAAAUUAGUCGUGCGUCGGCUGAGCUGAACGAUGGUGAAGCCAGACAUUCACACUCUGGCCCACCACCUGAAGCAGGAACGUCUCUAUGUGGCAUCAGAGAAGCAGCUUAUCCAGCGGCUCAACAACGAGGUGCUAAAGACAGCAGAAAGGCUCUACCGCGCAGCCUGGAUCGCCAAACAACAGAGGAUCAACCUCGACCGCCUCAUUCUCACUAGUGCCGAGGCCUCACCUGCAGAAUGCUGCCAGCAUGCCAAGUUUCUGGAGGACACACAGUUUGUGGAUGGUUAUAAAACACUGGGCUUUCAGGAGAGCAUCUAUGGAGAGUUCCUGAGCCGAUUGAGGGAGAACCCGCGAUUGGUGGCGUCCUGUCUGGUGGCAGGAGAGAGACUUAAUAAUGAGCACACACAGGGGGUCAUACACACUGUCUUCACCACUCUCUAUGGCAACUGCAUCAUGCAGGAGGAUGAAAGCUACCUGCUGCAGGUGCUGCGUUAUUUGGUAGAAUUUGAGCUAAAGGAAAAUGACAACCCUCGUCGGUUGUUACGGCGAGGCACGUGUGCCUUCAGCAUCCUCUUCAAACUCUUCUCCGAAGGCCUGUAUUCAGCUAAACUUUUCCUCACCGCUACUCUCCACGAGCCCAUCAUGCAGCUUCUGGUAGAGGACGAGGACCAUCUAGAGACAGAUCCAGCCAAACUGAUAGAGCGCUUUACCCCAGCCCAGCAGGAGCGCCUGUUUGGGGAGAAAGGCACAGACGAGUACCGCAGAAAGGUUCAAGCAGCAGUGGAGGAAAAUGAGGCCAAGCUGGUGGCUCUUGUAAACACCUUUAUCGGCUACUUGAAGCAGAACACCUACUGCUUCCCACAGAGCCUGCGCUGGAUCGUGUCUCAGAUGUAUAAGACGCUGGCACGAGUGGAGAGGUUGGAGGUUGGGGAGGUGAGGACGAUGUGCACAGACUUGCUGCUCACCUGCUUCAUCUGUCCAGCCAUCGUCAACCCCGAACAGUACGGCAUCAUCUCAGAUGCACCCAUCAAUGAGGUGGCACGCUUCAACCUCAUGCAGGUGGGGCAGUUGUUGCAGCAGUUAGCAAUGUCUGAUGCAGAUGAUGGAGAUCCUCGACGUAAAAGCAGUUUAUUAAAGUUUGACAAGAUGUGUGUUGCCGCCUUUUUGGACGUGGUCAUUGGUGGAAGGGCUGUCGAGACUCCACCGAUGUCGUCAAUGAAUUUACUGGAGGGCCUCACACGGACUGUUGUUUACAUGACUCAUAAUCAGCUUUUAGCUUUGGUGGACUUUGUGCGCAGUGUUACAGCAGGCGAUCAGCUCAGAGAGGAAGAGCAUCUGGCUCUAGAAACUCUUCUUGCUAAUGUUCCUCAGUCCCGCACAACAAAGAGCAACAGUCUGGAGCUCACGCCCUCAAACACACCCCAGCUCUCCCCUGCUACUACACCUGCAAACAAGAAGAACAGACUCCCCAUUGGACAACAGUUGGCAGCCAUAACAUGUUGGGAGCCCUCUGCCACCUCCCUGUCCGCUCAUAUACCCUUAGUAACCCCGUUUGCAGGCUCUCGCAGCCGAAGCCGAUCCAACAUGGCCCAGGAAGGAGAGACUGAAGCCAGUUCUCAAGAGUCUCUGCAAGAGGUCCCCGAGGAAGUGCUGGUCAUCUCUCUAGGAACAUCACCACAGACCAUUCCCGGGAUGAUGUCAGAAAACGAGGUUCUGACUUUGCAUCUUGGAGAUGGAGGACAAGGUGACGCCCCUGUCGACGACACCAAAUUACAUGGCAAGCCUGACAAAACACUGCGCUUCUCACUUUGCAGUGACAACCUGGAGGGCAUUUCUGAGGGGCCGUCUAACCGCUCAAAUUCAGUUUCUUCUUUGGAUUUGGAAGUGGAGUCCGUGUCAGAAGGAGGACCAGGACCGUCUGGUAGUAACGGUGCAGAAGCCUUACAGCUACUGGAGCACGAACAAGCCACUACACAGGAUAAUUUGGACGAUAAACUGCGCAAGUUUGAGAUUCGGGACAUGAUGGGCCUGACGGAUGACCGAGACAUUUCUGAGACGGUCAGUGAGACUUGGAGCACUGAUGUCUUGGGGAGUGACUUUGACCCCAACAUGGAUGAGGACCGACUGCAGGAGAUAGGGGCUGCAGCGGAGAAUGCUCUGGGCAGCAUGCUGUGUUUGCCUGUGCUUUUGGAUCCAUAUGGUUCAACCAUCUCAGAGACCACGAGCGAGGCUUGGAGUGUGGAGGUUCUGCCGAGUGACUCAGAAGCUGCAGACCUGAAGCAGGAGGAACGUUUGCAGGAGCUGGAGAGCUGCUCCGGUGUGGGAAGCACUUCAGACGACACAGAGGUCCGAGAGGUCAGCUCAAGACCAAGUACUCCAGGACUCAGCGUUGUUUCAGGCAUCAGUGCCACGUCGGAGGACAUCCCUAAUAAGAUUGAAGACCUACGCUCGGAAUGCAGCUCCGAUUUUGGAGGCAAAGACUCCGUGACCAGUCCAGAUGGAGAGGACUCUGCUCAUGGAGCUCACAGUCUCUCCUGUGCACCUUCUCAAACAGAUUCACUGCUGGCCAUGUUCGAUCCCCUCUCCUCUGGAGAAGGUUCGUGCACUGGCACCAUAGUGCGACCCAAGGUACACUAUCCUCGUCCUCCUCACCCUCCGCCUGACCCACCCAUUCCAGAGGCCAGCAUAACCAGCCACAUGGAACCCCGUCCGCCCCUCUUUCCUCCCCACCUGGCACAGGGUGACCUGGAGCACCCCAAGCAGAGGCACUCUUACCCUGAGAGGCUGGUGAGGAGCCGCAGCACAGAUGUGGUGUCCGCUGGACGCAGACCUAACAGUGACCCCGGACUGAACCGCAGAACCAUGAUGGAGGAGAGAGACCCGGCUGGAGCUUACUCUACUGGGCCCACCUCCUCUCCCAGCAAGGAUUCCCUCAAAGGAGAGUCUGAGGACAGGAAGGACAGUGAUGAUGAGAAGUCUGAUAGGAACAGACCCUGGUGGAAGAAGCGCUUUGUUCCUGCCAUUCCUAAAGUGCUCUAUUGGACGGCAGAGGGUGAACUCCCAGUGCCGAUUGCCGGGCUUCGGAAGCGGGACAAGGCAGAAAAAGACGAGCAAGGAGCAGAGAGGGUCCCACAAGAUGAGCCUUCACUGCUCAGACAGAGCUCCAAAACCCAGUCAGCAGAGGCAAUUAUGGACAAGUACAUCAGGUACAUGGAGAAACGACCCGCACAGGCUGACGGAGCAACUGCUGGAGGUUAUGUUGGACAAGAGUCUUGUCGAGAAGGGGACAGUGAGCACGACUCUCCUAAAGAUGAAGCUCUGCAGAACAUCUCUGCUGAUGAUCUUCCGGAUUCUGCCAGUCAGACGGCACCACCUCAGGACAAGACUUUCUCCUUCAGUGAUAUUAAGAAGAAGCUACGCCUGGCACUUUGCUCUGCAGAUUCAGUUGUGUUUCCCAUCAUUCCACCUGCAACAACACGCAACGGUCUUCCAGAUCAUGCAGAUCCUGAAGACAACGAGAUUGUGUGCUUUCUGAAGGUGCAGCUGGCGGAGGCCAUUAACCUGCAGGAUAAGAACCAGAUGGCACAGAUCCAGGAGACCACGCGCUGCGUCAGCCACCUCGACCCGCGCACCUGCAGAAAACUGCUCACUGCCAUGGCAGAGGACUACAGGAAGCGGGCUCCAUACAUCGCCUAUCUGACACGUUGUCGGCAGGGCCUGCAGACAUCUCAGGCUCAUCUGGAGAGACUCCUGCAGAGAGUGUUGAGAGAUAAAGAAGUGGCCAACCGCUACUUUACCACUGUCUGUGUCCGACUACUGCUGGAGCACAUGGAGUCCAAGAUGCUUGACUUCAUUAAAGCAUUUCAGGGAUGCACAGCAGCUGAUGAUAAGACAGCAGCCGUGGAGGAUUUCCUGCGUUACCUGUAUGGAGCCAUGGCCCAUGAUGCCAUCUGGCAGUACGCCAGUGAAGAGCAGCUCCAGGACGCACAGAUGGCCAUCGAACGCAGCGUCAUGAACCGCAUCUUCAAACUGGCAUUCUACCCCAAUCAGGAUGGGGACAUCCACAGAGACGAGCUAUUCCAUGAGCACAUUCAGCGACUGUCUAGAGUGGUGUCGGCCAAUCAUAAAGCUCUGCAGAUCCCUGAGGUGUAUCUGAAAGAGGCUCCGUGGCCUUCUGCACAGGCUGAGAUCAAGACCAUCAACGCCUAUAAGACCCCGCGAGAUAAAGUGCAGUGUAUCUUGCGCAUGUGCUCCACCAUUAUGAACCUGCUCAGCCUGGCCAAUGAGGAUGCUGUACCCGGCGCGGAUGACUUCGUCCCUGUGCUCGUCUUUGUUCUGAUUAAAGCAAACCCACCCUGCCUUCUGUCCACCAUUCAGUACAUCAAUAAUUUCUACGCCAGCAGGCUGAGCGGGGAGGAGUGCUAUUGGUGGAUGCAGUUCACUGCUGCCGUGGAAUUCAUUAAAACCAUCGACGAUCGCAAGUGAAGCAGAACAGCCACCUGUAUGGGCAGACUGUAGGAAGGAGAGAGAAAGAGAGAGAGAGAGAGGACAGCGCGGAUGACUACUCUUCCCUUCAUCCAGAUCUGUAAAGGUGUACAUAAAUAGACACUUUGAUCAAAAAUUAGACAGGUUUUACUUCAACGCCGUGUUAAACGAAUGAAAUCCAUGUUAGCAAAUGGCAACGUUGGCAUUCUCUACUGAUCUCGCUUAUAACCCACAACCUUUUCUGUAGUAUUUGGGGAGCAACCGGGGCUUAGAAUCAACUCUUUCUCUAUAUUAAAAGCAGAUUUAGCAAGUAAUUAGCUCUGUUGAAACGUAGCUAUCAAGCGAAAAAGGGACCAGGAACUAUAUACAGAUCAUGUGUCGGGACGCUUCAGUGUAAAUCGUGCAAUCUCACCCCCGUUCAACGCUACCAGUCACAUUUCCAGUCAUAUCGAAGAACGCAUCACCUAAAGAUGCUGCCAAUGUAUCAAUGUUACAGAUUGAAUGAAUCAUGCCAUUAUUUUAACAGGGCAGCUUGUUCUAUGAAUGUAAACAGGUGUUGUCAUUAUUGUACAUUCAUUCUUUUCCUACGUUUUCCGGACGAUUUGAAAAUAAGGGCCCACAUAUUUAUAUAAAAUAAAAUGUAUUUAUUACUUAACUCCUGUAUUUAAUGUUUUAUUAUACUUACUGGCUGGGUUAAUGCACAUGGUUCGGUCGAGGAAUCUCACAGAGAGCUGCUAAAACAGGGUGUCUUCACAUUAGUGGAUUAGUGCCUUGCUGAUAUUUGCGCUAACACUCGUUCCUUCGGUUUUGGUGGAUUUUUCAGCACACCUAGGGUUCCUUGCAUCUUCCUGAACAAGUCAGGUCAGAUCUGUCACAUUUAAGUCUGGCUUAGCGUAGUUAUUAAUAACAAUCUGGUACAUGCCAAGUUUAAACACCCCACAAUUGGAUGCUUGGUAUGUCGAUGCUUGUUUGUCUUACAGUGUGGUCUUAUAUACUAGUCUCUGCUGUUGUCCCUGAAAAUAUUGACCUAGUGUUUAAAGUCUAUGUUUAAAGUUGGGAUACUUUAGGUUUAAAUCACUGUUCCUUUUAUAAUGCAGCUCCCAAGUCAAACUAUGAAUUAGGAAAACUAUUGCUGUUUCUUUUGAGGUAUACGCUCAGAUAAUUAUUAUUAUAUAUUUUUUAUUUUAGAGGUACAACUUUUUACCACCUGUAAAGGAACCAGUUAAUAUUAUGCAACCUUUAGGCAGGGAAAAGGUACAGCAGCUCCCUUUAAAGAUAUAAUUCACCCAAAAAUGAAAAUUUGCUAUUAAUUUACUGAUGUAACCAAGAAAAAUACAUUAGAACAAGAUGAUUUUUAUGCAUAACCACCUUUCUCUACCGACACAACAGACAAAACAAAAGAAAUGCCCUGAAAAAACCUGCUGGUCUUAUGAAGCGGAAUGAUUGGUCUCUACUAAAAAGUGAUGAUCAUUUACAGCACAAGCUUGUUCUUCAGUCUGUUGUGAAUGCAUUAUAUUGAUGUAUAUCUGUAGCCUCUCUAGGUGCCAGUAGUUGUUGAGCAGGAGUAAAUUAACAGCAACAUUUUGUUUUUGGAUGAUCAGUCCUUUUAAAGGGAGAAGGUGAUCGCUGCAGAGCCACUUUGGUGGAGCUCACGUCCAAUAAGGCGGAGCUUGAGCACCAGCUCUUCCUCCAGUAACCCAGCAAGCUUUUUUUGUUUUAAAAGAUGUCUAAUCUAAAAAAUCUAUUAGACGUCCAAGACUAGUCAUCAAAUGAACAGAAAUAAUGACUACACAUAUAAAGUCUGUCUAAUCUGUCUAUUUGAUGACUAGUUUUUGGCUAUUCUUAAGUGUCUAAUAGAUUUUUACUGAUAGCUCAAGUUUAGCCUUGUUUUUGCCAAGCUGUCUACCUUUAGAUGUCUAUUAAACACAAAAUUGUUUGCUGGGAAGCUGUCUUAAUGCGUACACCUACCCUGUCCCUAACCCCAACCCCCAGUGACAUCAAUUGUAGAAGAAAUGCAGCAAGGAGGAGCUGGAGCUCAAACUCCCCCUUACUGGAGCUCAGCUCUGCCCUUGUGGCUCUGCGGUGAGUACAACUUGUUUAAAGGUACUCUCCUGGUGAUAACCUGUUGUACGCCUAAAGAUGCAAUUUUUGCACAUUUUGUUUUCCUUCUGACAGUGUGUAUAGGUUUAAAUGGCAAAGAUCGCUUUAAAACUGGCAUCAUUAACAGCGCUUGAUUCUUAGUGUAUCGAUGUUGCUGAGGAGAACAUAUACAUGUUAUACAGGCUACCUCAUGUGAUAAUCCCGCUAGCGCAGAUCCUUCAUAACACCUUCUGCUUUUCAUAUUAAGUGAAUUACAGCACAAAUAGGAAUAUAGAAUAUCCUCCUCGCGUAUGUGUCGGUAAACUCGCCUUUAUUAGAUCAGAAUUUCCCGUUAACCUUUGCACACAAGUAGAAGUAGGGCAAAAAGAACUGUAGCCCUAAUAUUUAGUUGUGCUUGUCAGCAGUUUUUCCUCCUUUAAUGUCAUUUCAUGUUACUUCUAGAGAUGUGCAAACAUCUGAAAAAACAAACAAACUGAAUCAUGGUCCUAAGGAUAGUAGAUGCACUUAGAACAAAUUAGUUCUACCUCCAACUAUGUACAUAAAGGGAUGAAUCAAAUGUUGUAUUGCAUUAGCUUUUAUAGCCUUUAGAGCUCUGUAUAUACUUUCCCCCUCAUAUUUUCUUCUGAUUUGAAUGAUGCAUGACUCAAUAUUGCCGUAUAUUUCUCAUUUGCACAAACUGUAACAAAGAGCAUCAGCUAUAAGACUCUUUAUUUGCAGUGCACUUUGAAGCAACACUGAUAUUCUGUAUGAUAUAGCAGUUAUAUUCUAUAUAACAGAGCUUUUAUAUUCUAUAUAAGUGUUAUUGCGGAGUAUCUUUGUUCGUACUUAUAAUAUUCCAAUAUAAUUAAGAAAGGAAUGAGUCAAACUGGCCUUUUCUCUAAUGUUUCUCAGUUUCUCUAAUGUGGAAAGGGGUUUGCAGUGCUUGAUUUUUGUUUUAGUCUGUUUUUUCUAACUAGAUGGCUCUGUUCACAUUGGGGAGAUUAGUUGCCAAAGUAAAUCACUGACUAUAUUUCUAAAACAUGUACUUUUACUGAGACUUUUUUGUUGUUGUGCUAUCUAAAAUAUGCACCGUGAGGGUUGUGUAAUCUGUGGGAAACAUUUGAAGACGACUAAAUCUGAAUUUCUUUCUGUACAUUCUUGAAAAAGUUUUGGCGUUCAGCAUUUAACCUGAAGAAAAAUGGCGAGGCUUCACUGUGCUAAAUAUUCUAACCCAAAAGGCUAAUAUCAAAAAAUCUUGUUGGUUUCUAAGACGACUGUUCAUUCAACUAAUAAAACAAACGACUAUUCUACUCAACACCCUGUUUUUAGUGUGAUUAACAGGUGUAAACAGGGUUUUACUGUACUGAACUGGCUUAGUAUUUACACACUAUUGUUGACUGACAGUAAGGUGUUUCACUCGAUGUGUUUAAGAGCUUUAUAAUCCUAUCCGUACCAUGUUGGUCCACUUUUUUGAAGAGCAUGCAAAGAGAAUUAUGGGUAAUGGCUUGCAUUUGUGAGCUUUACUCACUUGGGGCUUCUGUUGGGAAGGCAUUCUGUGUGUUAUGUGAUUUAAUAUAAACCUGUACAUAAUUCUUUAAAAAACGAUUAAAGACUUUUUUUCCGUGAA